AUGUACGACAAGGCCUACCAGUUAGUGGAAGCUUCUCAGCGAGAAAAAGUCGAUAAUGACACUUUGGAGGACAAUUCGUCUCUGUCCAUGGAAGCAGAUUCUGCCCAGAGCUUGGCUGCUACUUAUCGAAAAGUAGAUUGGCGAGUUUCGGCUUUGCUCUGUGGUGUGUACUUUCUUCAAUUCAUCGACAAGUCACUUCUUAACUAUGCUGCUGUAAUGGGAAUCAAGAAGUACUUGAAACCCAACUCCAAUCAGUUCUCUGAUCUUGGAACUAUCUUGUACGUGGCCUACAUUGUUGGUGAGCCAGUUAAUGCCUACCUCUUCCAGAAACUCCCCGCCGCUAAGUUACUAGGUGGAAACAUCUUUUGUUGGGGUGUGGUGAUUCUUGGCCACGCUUUUUCUAAGAACUAUGCAUCGCUCAUGGUGGUCAGGGCUCUUUUGGGAUUUUUCGAAGCCUGCGUUGCUCCUGGAUGUAUUUUAAUUACUGGAAUGUGGUUCAACAAGAAACAACAGCUCAGAAGAACAUGCUGGUGGACAUGUCAGGCAGGAGUAUCCACGAUUUUCGGAGGAUUGCUCUCGUUUGCAUUCCAGCAUGUUAAAGGCACUUCAUUGGCAUCUUGGCAGAUCUUCUAUCUCGUCAUGGGUAUCAUCACAAUCUUCUUUGGAGCUGUGGUAGUGUUCGUAAUGCCUGAUAGUCCUGUUGCCGCAAAGUUUCUUUCUGAAAAUGAAAAAGUUGCCAUUCUUGAGAACAUUCGAAUGAAUCAAACAGGAACGGAAACCAAGGAGUGGAAGUGGAACCAAGUGAAAGAACUUUUGCUCCAUGACUCACUCACAUGGCUUAUGUUAGCAUUAACUCUUUUGCUGAUGAUUCCUACUGGUGCCGUGUUGACAUUUUCCGUAACUAUGAUUGCCAACAUUGGGUUUACCAGCCAACAUGCUGCAUUGAUGCAGAUGCCCCUUGGAGUUUCCACCAUUCUCGCCAUUUCAAUUGGAACAUAUCUCUGUGCUCACUUCAAUGGCAAUCACCGCAACCUUAUCUUUAUUUCCAUGCUUAUCCCCGCCAUCAUUGGUUACAUCGUUUUGAUCACCUCCCAUAACAAAAUCGGCCAAUUGUUGGCAGUUUACUUAAUUAAUGUGGGUACUUGUGUGAUUACAAUGAUCUAUUCGUGGAACUCGGCCAACACCGCCGGCUACACAAAGCGUGUUCUUCGAAGCUGCUUGACCAUGGUGGCUUUUGCUGUGGGAGCUUUGAUCGGUCCUCAAAUCUUUAGACAAUCUGAUGCACCUCGCUACUUGCACGCCAAAAUCAUACUUUUGGUGAUUGAAUGUGUGUGUGUUCCGCUUGUAUUGGUGAUCUCGUGGGUUUCCAAGAAGAAAAAUGAAAAGAAGGGAAAUUUGGAUCAAACGUCAGUUAAUGAAUGGCUCGCAGACAAAGGUGCUAAUUACCAGUUCUUGGACUUGACCGACCAGGAAAAUAUCAUGUUCAGAUAUUCGUAUUGA